CGAUAUUCGAUAGCCGCCAAAAGGAGCAUUAUUGUCUAUCGCCAUGGGGGCGCAGUAGUAGUUUUAAUUUAACAGAAAUUAUUAUCAAGAAAUUAGUUGGCACUUCCUAGUUACUACAGAUUUAGAACUAGUAAUCAAAUAAGUUGGGAUAUUUAUAUAGUUGUAAACCAAAAGGAGGAUAUACUUUGGAGAUCAAAAUGCUGCGUUCAAAACUCCUCAGCCUGGUGACCCGCAGUGGCUCCAGCCGUCUGAUGUCCACUGGAACAAAGCUGACAUCGGUGGAGGUCAACGACAAGACAGGAAUUGCCACUCUCACAAUGAACCGGCCACCAGUAAACGGCCUCAACUUGGAACUUCUGCAGGAUCUGAAGGCCUCCAUUGAUGAAAUUGAAGGCAACAAGAGCAGAGGCCUCAUUCUGACAUCUUCCAGUCCCACAAUAUUCUCCGCUGGCCUGGACAUUCUAGAGAUGUACAAGCCGGAUAAGGAUCGGAUUCGUGCCUUCUGGUCGCAGUUGCAGGAUACGUGGCUAGCCCUCUACGGCAGCAGUGUGCCCACGGCGGCCGCCAUUAAUGGCCACUCACCUGCCGGCGGAUGUCUCUUGGCCACAUCCUGCGAAUACAGAGUCAUGCUGCCAAAAUUUACAAUUGGGUUGAACGAAACCCAGCUGGGUAUUGUGGCGCCCAAGUGGUUUAUGUCCGCCUUUCUGAGUGUUCUUCCGCAGCGAGAAGCAGAGCGAGCUCUCAACCAAGGACGCAUGUUUAGCACAGAAGAGGCCUUGAAGGUGGGUCUGAUUGAUGAGACUGCCAACAGCAAGGAGGAGGCCAUCGAAAAGUGCGCUGCCUUCAUUGGCACCUUUGCCAAGGUCAAUCCUCUGGCUCGAUCGCUGACCAAGCAGCAAUUCCGGGCUGCCGACCUCCAGCAAUUGGAGAACGAGCGCAAAGAGGAUCUGGAGAAGUUCCUGUUUUUUGUUAACCAGCCCGCCGUUCAGAAGGGUCUGGGCAUUUACCUCGAGGGCCUUAAAAAGAAGGCCAAGAAGCAAUAAUUUCAAGAUUUUAUAACAAAGUUAAAUAAAAAGUUUUACCUUUAAUGAA